AUGACAGCCCGAGAUCUCGAGCGCUGGCACCACGAAGGCCGGCCGGUUAUGAUCGAACAGACUCGGCGCCGACGAAGUCCAGGCGGCCAUUAUCACGACGAGCGUCGACAUCGAUGGAUCGAGCGAGAUGACGACCGCCACCGCGGAGGCAGGUCAGGGACGAGGGGUCAUCAUCGCGACACAUCGCCUUCGUUCCUGUUCGGGGGGAGAGCUGGAAGACAAGCCAAUGGUGGUUUCUUUGCGGCGGGCAGACGGCCAGGCGGAUUCUAUCAUGAUCCCAUGUUCGGCGCGGACCGCCCUCGGGGAUCCGAACGCGGGUCCACGCUUCGCUUUCGGGAGAGGUCCAGCGGUCGCGGAGGAGUUUGGGUUCCACCGAUUCCCGCCGCCACCGUCAAGUCAUCAUCCCCCUCCUCCCCGACGUCCUCCCGGGCCUCCGCCCUCGUUCGGCUUCCGCGGCCCUUGGGGCGAUAUCCCACCGCCUGCCCCAUCCCCUCCUCCGGCUGUUCGAUCUUGGAGAAUGCGUUCCCUGUCCGACCAUCCGAGAGCAGGAGGACCGCACAUGUCAGGCGGCUCGGGGCGAGGAGACCCGUCGGAGGCGCGCGACCACCGGAAAGGACCCGCAUCGGGUUCAGGCCCGAGUACCUGUUGGAGGAUGGUAGGGUUGAUGAUUGA